AUGCCGUGGCUGCAGCGGUCUGUGGCGGCAUGUGUAGCGGCACCCCUGCAGAAGGCUGCGCCCGAGAGCCCUAGCAUCGGCCACGCCCAGCUGCCCGAGCUGAUCAGCAGGGAGACCGUGCGGGCCCUGGAGGCCGAGCUGGACAACGGCGCCUCCAUCGCCGCGCUGCGCCGCUUCAACGACCUCCUCGCCAACCUGCCCGCCGGCAGCUGGGAGGCCGCCCUGCGCCCCGUCAUGUGCGAGCUGGCCUACAACCUGGAGUCCUUCAACCCUGCCUUCACCGCGGUGCUGCUCAGGGUGCAGCAGACCAUCGGCGUCAGCGACUAUGUGCGGCGCGACACGGCGCUGAAGAGCCUGAUCCAGCCGCUGGCGGGCGAGUACGGCAUGCACAACAACGAGGCGCAGGCCCUCACCCACCGCGAGCUCUUCUCCCUCUUCUACGCCGACCUGCUGCGGGAGCCUCUGGAGGAGGCACUGGCGGCCAACCCGCGCCCCGCAGCCGCCCACCGCUUCUUCGCCCAGAUGAUGCGCGACCUCAACACCGCCUGCGCAGACGCCAUGCAGCAGGCCUGCUACGCCAUGGGCUACAACCUGGCCAUCGAGUACCUGGCCGACUACGAGAAGACGUGGAUGCUGGACUCGUUCCGAGCGCUGGACGCGCGUGUGCUGGCCCCCGCGGGGCGCCCGCUCACCGAGUGGGUCUUCCUGGAGGUGCACGCCGAGGGCGAGGCGGAGCACGCCGCCAUCGGCCACGACGCGGUGGUGGCGUUUGUGCCGGCGGCGGAGGAGGUGGACAGAUAA